ACAAUUAAAAUUAAUCCCAUUUAUAAAUAAUAAUAAGAACUUUUUGGAUGUUUUUGGGGCGUGGCUUUGUAAUAUUAGAAAUCAACUGCUUUGAAGUUGUUUUCAAUUUAUUUUUUUUUUUUUAUUUUUUUUUUAUUUUUUUUGUAUUGACCGUUUGAAUUAAGAACAUAUAUUACAUUGGGAUAACACGUAUAAAUUAAUAUAUUUAACAUUGUUUAUCCUUUUUCUAAUGUAUAAUACGAAUUAACAUUUUUGAGGAUUAAGAAUCAAUUGAAGAAAUCAAUGUAGAAGCCAGUUUGAAAGUUUGAAAAUGUCAUUGCAACAGGAGUAGAAGAAAUUAGAAGCAUACGUACUACAAGCAUGGAGAAGAGAGGCAGUGCUGAACUCCUGAAUGUAGAGCAAAACAACUCAAAAAAUGCCAGUUCAGAUUCCCUUAAUUCAGACAGCAAAAGCAGUUCACUCAAUUCAAAGAUGGGUCAAGAAUCGGAGAGUUGGGAAAAAGCAUCCCAUACGAAAAGCUUUUCUUCGAGUUCUACUUCUACAGAUAAUAACAUUGUCUCUGCUUUGGAGGCAAAAAAAGACAAUCAAGUAAAAAAUUUAUCAGGAAAUGAUACUGGUCCACCACUCUUAAAUGGGGAACGAGUUCAAGGGAUAGCCCAUGAAGUGACAUACUUGUGUCCUUAUUCGGGUCCAGCUAUAGGAAUUCUUAGUGUUACAAAUUAUAAACUUCACUUUCGUAGUGUAGACCGUGAAACGCCUUAUGUCGUGGAAGUGCCCUUGGGUGUUGUCAGUAGAAUCGAAAAAGUUGGUGGUGCAUCAAGCAGAGGAGAAAAUUCAUAUGGUAUAGAAGUGUUUUGUAAAGACAUGAGAAAUCUUCGAUUUGCCCAUAAGCAAGAAAAUCAUUCUAGAAGAGAUGUCUUUGAAAAACUUCAACAAUAUUCAUUUCCGUUGUCGCAUAAAUUACCAUUAUUCGCAUUUGAAUAUUCCGAAACAUUUCCUGAGAAUGGUUGGAACGUUUAUGAGCCCAUUGCCGAAUUAAAACGAAUGGGUGUAAAUAAUGAUAUGUGGAAGAUAUCAAAGAUUAAUGACACUUAUACAUUAGCCGAUAGUUAUCCCGCUGUUUGGGCAGUACCUGCGGCUGCGACAGAUGAAGAUUUACAAGCAUCGGCAGCUUUUAGAAGUAGAGGAAGAUUGCCAGUACUUUCGUGGAUUCAUUCAGAAAGUCAGGCAACGAUAACGCGUUGCGCACAGCCGUUAGUCGGCGUUGGUGGUAAAAGAAGUCGAGAGGAUGAGAGGUACGUGCAGUUGAUAAUGGAUGCCAAUGCACAAAGCCAUAAACUAUUUAUAAUGGAUGCUCGACCAAUGCCUAAUGCAAUAGCGAAUAAAGCGAAAGGUGGUGGUUAUGAAAGUGAGGAUGCUUAUCAGAAUGCUGAGCUUGUUUUUCUUGAUAUUCAUAAUAUUCACGUAAUGAGAGAGAGCCUGAGAAAAUUAAAAGAAUUAUGUUUUCCAACAAUCGACGAAGGCAAAUGGUUAUCUGGUAUAGAAUCGACAAUGUGGCUUAAACAUAUUAAAUGUGUUCUCGCUGGUGCAGUUAGAAUUGUGGAUAAAGUAGAAAAUCAUAAGACUUCCGUACUUGUACAUUGUUCGGAUGGAUGGGAUCGAACAGCACAACUAACAGCUCUUGCCAUGUUAAUGUUGGAUCCAUAUUACAGGACCAUUAAAGGAUUUGAAGUUCUCAUAGAAAAGGAAUGGCUUAGUUUCGGUCAUAAAUUUCAACAGAGGAUUGGUCAUGGCGAUGAACACCAUAGUGACGCUGAUCGUUCUCCAGUAUUUUUACAAUUUAUGGAUUGCGUUUGGCAAAUAACGCGACAAUUUGCUAAUGCAUUUGAAUUUAAUGAGCAUUUUUUAAUUACCAUCCUCGACCAUCUUUACUCUUGCAGAUUUGGCACGUUUUUAUUCAGCAGGUAUAUAUAUAUAUAUAUAUAUAUAUAUAUAUAUGUAUGUAUCGAACGCGAGAGAGUACAAGAACAGGUCAAACAAAGAACCGUAUCGUUAUGGUCCUACACCAAUAGUCAAUUAUCCCUUUAUCAAAAUCCUCUUUACUUGGCUGGACCGAAUUAUCAACUCGUUCUAAUGCCAAUAGCAAGUAUGAGGUAUAUCAAACCUUGGAAGGGUCUCUAUUGUAGAUGGAAUCCGAUUAUGAGACAACAGGAUCCUGUUUAUCAACGAACGAGAGAACUUCUAGUCUUGAAAGAGCAGCUUGAGAAACAACUUGAGGAAGGUCGCCGUGAACAAGCAUCUCGAGCUAAUCGAUCUCAUACCUCGCCUGCACCUCCUAGGAUACAUUCCCCGGUUCACUCAUAGCACGGCGAGGAUGUAUUAUCGUUUAAUGAUCUGUAGUUUCUUUCUUUCUUACAUUUUUUUUUCUUUUUUUUUUUUUUUUUUUUUUUUUUUUUAUGAUUAUAAAUGUGCCCUACGCUUAUCUAUCUCUUUUAAGUCAGUGUACAAGAUAUUUUUAUUGAACUCGCUUCGUUGUGUACAAAAUGUUAGACACAAAAUAAAAGAAGUUUAUAAAUCA